AUGCCUCCACUCAGGUGGACCUUUUUAGUACUAUGCGCCGUCGUAGCAGUCCGAACGGCCGAUGACAGUCUCAUCGACUCGUUCAAAACAAUGUUCUUCGGUAAUGAACCCGAAAAGACCAACAACAACGACUCUGCUGCGCCACCACAGAAUAAUCCUCCGAUCAGUUAUCAUCAAUAUGCUGCUACUUCUUCUUCUAGUCGCUCGCAGCCACCAUCCGGGCAGUCUUGUACAUUACCACGUCAAAUCGGAACCGGCCCAUAUCGGAUUCCGAGAUGGUACUACAACCCUGUUCGCGGACGUUGCGAGUUGUUCUACUGGUCCGGCUGCUGUGGAAACGGAAACAAUUUCCAAACGUUUCAAACGUGCCAAUCGACCUGCGAAGUAGCAAAUUCCAUUUCGUCUCAAACUUCCUCUUCUUCACAAAUUGUAUUUUCAACGCCUCACCUAUCGGUUUUUCAACCAUCGUCCACACAAAUUGACGUUCUAUUCCAACCCAACCAUUAUCUCUCAAUGCCACCAGUUCUUUGCUCGUGUUGUCUUCGACCAUAUUCUGAGGGUUACGGCUCCUCAAACCUUCUUAGGUUCUAUUACGACGCUCCCACUAAAACAUGUCGUCAGUUUAUCUAUAAAGGAAUGGGCGGGUACGGGAAUCAAUUCGAAAAUGAGCAAAAAUGUCGAAACUCAUGUGGUGUUAGUGGAACUAUCGCCCCACAAACUCUGGCCACACCUCCACCGACACUUCUGAUGACUACCCAAACUACGACUACUCUUCCACCUGUCGUCUAUUUGCCAACAGUCGAUCCCUGCUCACAAGACAAAGAAGCUGGUGUGGGUGCUGUGCAAAUUCCUCGCUUCUUUUUCAACAAAGACACACGCCUCUGCGAACAAUUCCAGUAUUUCGGCACCGGCGGAAACCGCAACAACUUCCAAACGCUUGAAGAGUGCCAAUCACAGUGUCCAGAAAGCCCGAACCCAUGUGCUGUUAGCAGCGGAGCAACUUUAGCACCAUGUGCUCCUGGACAAGGAUGCGGUACUGGAAGCUAUUGCCACGUUGGUGCCCAGACUCAAACUACAGUAUGCUGUCCAAAACCAGCCGCUGUCGAUCGAUGCCAACAACCAUUGAAUGUUGGAAUUGGUAACUCGAAUUUGCAGAGAUGGUAUUUCAACCCACUCACUCAACAAUGUCAAACCUGUACCUACCGUGGACUACAAGGAAACGAGAACAACUUUUUGUCCCAAAACGAGUGUGAACAAUCUUGCUUGGUCAACCCCUGCAAAAUUGGAUCUCCGUUCCGCUCUCAAGGAAUUACUGUUCAGUGCUCUGCCAAUAGUCCUACAGUAUGCCCAGCUGGCUAUUACUGCCAUUUGGGAGCCGAUCAGACGACUUCAGUAUGCUGUCAAGCUCUUGGAAACUCUCCAUGCGAGGAAGAAAUGACUCAAGGCGAGGGGUCCGCCGCACUCACCCGCUUCUACUAUGAUGCUCUCCAAAGAAAGUGCCUUGCCUUCAACUAUCUAGGUCUGAAAGGAAACCGCAACAACUUCCAAUCCAAGGAGCACUGCGAAAGCACUUGUCCAGUAUGGAUCAACCCUUGUGCCAUUGGACAACCCGUAAUGACCCCGCAACAGAAACCAUUCCAAUGCCACCAAGGAGCUACUUGCUCUUCUGGAUACUUCUGUCACCUCGGUUUUGACGACGCUACUACUGUGUGCUGCCAAUCCGAAGGUGACCCAUGCAGUCUUGUUGUGAAGGAAGGAAACGGAAACCAUCACUUGUCUAGAUGGUUCUACAACCAGAAAACUCGCCAGUGUCAACCGUUCACCUAUACCGGACAGGGCGGAAAUGAAAACAAUUUCUUGCUCCGAGAGCAUUGUGAAGCUACGUGUCCAGUUUGGAUUAACGCUUGCCCAUCUGGAGAACCAUACCUUCUUCCAAACGGAAAACCACAGCCUUGUGACUCCACGAACCCAAAUGCAUGUCCUCUGACUCAUUGGUGUCAUCCUGGACCUGAUGCUUCUACGACAAUGUGUUGCCCAGGAAGAGCAGACCCUUGCACAAAUACAUUGGCUCAAGGAGAAGGACCACUUAGUGUGACAAGAUACUACUUUAAUGCUCAAAGCCGUACCUGCGACGAGUUCAUGUUCCGCGGCUUGAAAGGAAAUUCCAAUAAUUUUAACUCUCUGGCAGAGUGCGAAAAAGCGUGCCCUGUUCAGCAGAAUCCAUGCCCGAUCACCAUGUCUUCCUUGAAACAUUCGGCCAAACUUGUCCCUUGUUCCGCCACCAAAUCCUGUCCAUCCCAACAAUGGUGCCACUACGGAGAAACCAAGGAAACAACAGUUUGCUGUCCAAAUGCUGUCGAUGACCCAUGCACAGCUCCACCUCGUAACCCAGGAGUCGGUGAAUACCAUGCCACCAGAUGGGCCUUUGAUGGAUCCUCCCGAAAAUGUGUUCCAUUUGAGUACCGUGGAAUGAAAGGAAACUCCAAUAACUUCCUCACUCGAGAAAAUUGCGAGAAACGGUGUCCAGUAUUUCAAAAUCCGUGUAAAAUCGGCGAGCCACAUAUCGUUAAUAACCAGUAUCUACAGUGCUCACCACAACAGGUCUGCCCGGGAGGUCACUACUGUCAUAUUGGAUCGGAAGCCAACUACUGUUGCAAGGCUUUGGGCGGAGAUCCAUGCGGACAACCAUUGGAUCGCGGAGUUGGAGGAUCCCAACUCUCUCGCUGGUACUGGAACCAACAAUCGCAGUGUUGUUUGCCAUUCAGUUAUUGUGGACAGAAGGGAACACAAAAUAACUUUUUGACGAAACAAGAUUGUGACAGAACUUGCUAUGAACUCGAUAACCCAUGUGCUCUCGGCGACCCACAAAUGGCUCAAAACAAUCGUCCACUCCAGUGCUCCACCUCCUCCAACACCUGCGGUUCACAAUUCUGGUGUCAUUUCGGAGCCAACCAGGACACCACAGUUUGCUGUCCAGGAAGAGUCGAAUCUCCACAAAUUUGCCAACAACCAAUGGUUGCUGGAUCCGGAGGAGCAUCAUUGCCACGAUGGUAUUAUAACGCAACGACUAUGCAGUGUGUACAGUUUAACUAUCAAGGACGCAUGGGAAAUCAGAACAACUUUUUAAGCCAGCAAGCUUGUGAACAGACGUGUCCAGUCUACGUGAAUGUAUGUCCCACUGGCUCCCCACUGCUCGACACAUCCACCAACAAGCCUGUACCAUGCACAUUUGGAUCCAACUCAUGCGGAGGUGACCAUUGGUGUCAUCUCGGUCUUGUACCAGACGAGUAUCAAUGUUGUCCAGGAUCUCCUGCUAAUCCAGGAGCCUGUCAAGGGCUUCCUAUUUUAGUAUUCACCAACCCUUGCAAUCAACCAAUCCCUCUCCCAGCAACAAUGUGCUCAGGAACCGGAGCUUCAGACACUUGUGGAGCCAACAUGUGGUGCCAUAUUGGAGCCACACAAGAUUCGACUGUCUGUUGUCCAUCUGAGGGAGACCCAUGCAUGCUUCCACUAGCCCGCGGAACUGGAAACCAAUUCAUGGAUCGUUUCUACUACAACCAACAAACCGGAACCUGCCAACAGUUUACCUAUUCCGGACUCCAUGGAAACCAAAACAACUUCUUGAGCCAACAAGCUUGCGAAGAGCAGUGCGGACCAAAUCCGUGCUUCGAAGGACGCCCAUUCGUUGGAGCCGAUGGAAGAACCCAAACUUGCUCGGCCUCCGCCAACUUCAACACUUGCCCACUGAACCAUUGGUGUCACAUUGGAUCCGACUUGUCUACUACUGUUUGCUGUCCAGGAGCUUCUACAAAUGUGUGUAAUCUACCAAUGUCGACUGGAGAAGGAAAUGCCAACUUGGAUAGAUUCUAUUAUGAUCAACAAUCUAAGACGUGCAGACCAUUCGUUUAUAAUGGAUUGAAGGGAAAUCAGAACAACUUCAUUUCGUUGAGAGCCUGUCAACUCUCCUGCCAACCAUUAGACAAUCCAUGCAUCGGUCAGCCAGCCACUACUGCCGCUGGACAAGUUCUGUUCUGCUCGAUCACUAACAAGGAUUCUUGUCCGGUCAACUUCUGGUGCCACAUUGGAGCCACUCCAGAAACCACUGUUUGUUGUCCAGGAGCAACUAAUCCAUGUUCUGUGCCAUUGGCACCAGGAACUGGAAACUCUGGAUUGGCCAGAUAUUAUUACAAUCCUGAUGAUAGGCAAUGCCUUCCAUUCCAAUACAACGGAAAGCGCGGUAACCAAAACAACUUUGAGAACCAAGCCGAGUGCGAGAGGACGUGUCCAGUAUUCACAAACCCAUGUCUUGGAGAGGUAAUCCUGGAAAAUGGGUUACCCAAAAAAUGCAAACCAAUGCUCAAAAACUCAUGUGGAUCCGCAAGCGAAUUCUGUCAUACUGGAGAUCCAUCACAUACGGAUUCAAGUUUUUGUUGUCCAAGGAUUAAUCAAGAUCCUUGUGAUGCGUUUGUUCGGAAUGGAGAAGGAAAUUUGAACUUAACAAGAUACUACUACAAUCCAGUAGAAGCAGAUUGCUUCCCAUUUCAGUACAAAGGGUUCAAGGGAAAUGAGAAUAACUUUUUGACGCUCAAGAAUUGUCAGGAAACUUGUAAACCAUUGACCACCGCAUGCUUCGGAGGAGAGUCACCACUUAUGAACAAUGAACGUGUGGUCCAAUGCCAUAACUUCGUCUGCCCAUCAACCCAUUACUGCCACCGUGGAGCUGACGUCAGGUCUACAGUAUGCUGUGCUCGUCGCGGUCAUUCUUGUGAUCAACAACUGAUGUUAGGAGUAGGAGGGGCGUCCAUGGAACGAUUCUAUUAUGAUACCACUGAUGAUGCGUGCCUGGUAUUCAACUAUUCUGGAGUUGGGGGAAACGAGAAUAAUUUUUUGACAAAAGCCGAGUGUCAAAUUGCUUGCCCGGGGUACCGAGGAUACUGUCCACAUGGGAAACCGGAUGUAACUGAACAUACUUUAACGACUUGUGGCAUUGAUACUGGAUGUCCCAGAGAUCAUGUAUGUCAUGUUAGCAAAAGAGGAUCAAAGACUGUAUGCUGUCCGGAUCCAGCAUCCUUCUGUCUAAUCCAUGCCAAUCCGGGCCCCUGCAAUCGAGAAAUACCCCGAUGGGCUUAUGAUAAAACAACUGGAACGUGCAAGAAAUUCAUGUUUGGCGGGUGCCAAGGAAAUUUGAACAAUUUCGAAUCGGUUGAAAAGUGCACCGAAAUUUGUUGCGACAAAGGAUACAACUAA